AGGAGGUGGGUGAGGAGAGAAUGGGAGGGGAAACAGCUGCCACCUCGUCCAUUCCCAGUCCAGCCUGUGCCUCUUUACGCACGCACACUGGUGUUUGGUGGUGGAGGUGGUGUUGGUGUUGGUGCUGGUGGUGGAGAAAUCAACCGGACAACAAAGGGACACACAGAGGAGACAGAAGAGAGAGAGAGGGGGGCUCUCUCUCUGCAGGAUCCAGGAGCGGAAUCACACUUCACCAUCAGCGACAAGCUCACUGAACUCUUUUCUUUCAUAUCUGCAGGGAAACGCAGCAUCAGUCAGGCUGGAGGUGAACGUCAGGGAAGCGUUAAUCGCGCGUUUGGACAGCACAGCCGUCGUCAUGAGCCUCGGCAAAGAGAUGGAGUUGGAGCACUUCGACGAUCGGGACAAAGGUCAGAGGCACGGCCGCUCCAGUGCGCGGAUGAACGGGGUGGCGAGCCCGACGCACAGCGCCCACUGCAGCCUGUAUCGCACCCGCACCCUGAAGACGCUGAGUGCGGAGAAGAGGGCCAUGAAGGUCCGCUUCUACCGCAACGGAGACCGGUACUUCAACGGGAUAGUGUACGCCAUCUCCGUGGACAGGUUCCGGACCUUUGACGCAUUGCUGGCGGAUCUGACCCGCUCUCUAUCCGACAAUGUCAACCUGCCCCAGGGGGUCCGGACCAUCUACACCCUGGAUGGCUCCAAGAAGAUCGCCAAUAUUGAUCAACUUGUAGAAGGUGAAAGUUACGUUUGUAGCUCCAUUGAAGCCUACAAAAAGUUGGAUUACACAAAGAACGUCAACCCCAACUGGUCGGUGAACGUCAAGGCCGCGGCCGCGUCCUCACGAGGUCCUCCAUCCUUGGGCAGCGCCAUGGCCGGCGGACCAGAGAACCGUGAAAACAAGGAGUUCAUACGUCCAAAGCUCGUGACAGUGGUGCGGAGCGGAGUGAAGCCCCGCAAAGCUGUGAGGAUCCUGCUGAACAAGAAAACAGCCCAUUCCUACGAACAAGUCCUCACCGACAUCACUGAUGCCAUCAAGCUUGACUCCGGAAUAGUGAAGAAGAUUUACACACUGGAGGGAAAACUGGUGUCAUGUUUGCAGGACUUCUUCGGGGAUGAAGACAUUUUUGUUGCGUGUGGACCGGAGAAGUUCCGCUACCAGGAUGACCUGAUGCUGGACGAAGGCGAGUGUCGUAUGAUGAAGUCGGUGAACUAUGGGAAGAUGUCUGGCUCUCUGACCAGAGGCUCCCCCAGAACAGUCGUCCAAACACGACGCAGCAAGUCUCCUGCAUCCUUGAACGGGACGCCGGCCAGUCAGCUCUCCACUCCUCAUUCGGGAAAAUCUCCCAGCCCCUCCCCGACCAGCCCAGGCAGCCUCAGCCAACGCCGGGGGUCCCAGGGUUCUUCCACCUCUCAGUCUUCCGCCAAAGUCUCCAGCUCCGUGGAAGAUGGGGACAGACUCGUUACUGAAGCCGAGGUUCUUGUGGAUGAGGUUCCAGCUGUGCCAUCCUACAUAUCAGAUCGUUACAAGGUGGGACGCAUGCUCGGCGACGGGAACUUUGCGGUGGUCCGAGAGUGCGUGGAGCACUCCACAGGACGGGAGUACGCUCUGAAGAUCAUCAACAAGGGCAAAUGCAGAGGAAAGGAGCACAUGAUCCAGAACGAGGUGGCGAUCCUCCGCAGGGUCAAACAUCCAAAUAUCGUGCUGCUGAUAGAGGAGGUGGACACUUACAGUGAACUCUACCUGGUCAUGGAGCUGGUCAAGGGGGGAGAUCUGUUCGACGCCAUCACCUCUGCCAACAGAUACACGGAGCGAGACGCCAGUGGUAUGCUCUACAAUCUGGCCAGCGCCAUCAAAUACCUCCACAGCCUCAACAUUGUGCACAGAGACAUCAAACCAGAGAACCUGCUGGUGUAUGAGCAUGCAGACGGCAGCAAAAGCCUGAAGCUGGGGGACUUUGGUUUGGCGACCGUGGUGGACGGACCUCUGUACACAGUCUGCGGAACCCCAACAUAUGUAGCACCUGAAAUCAUCGCAGAAACAGGUUAUGGCCUUAAGGUGGACAUCUGGGCAGCUGGAGUCAUCACCUACAUCCUACUGUGUGGUUUCCCACCAUUUCGAGGGAGCAGUGACGAUCAAGAAGUGCUUUUUGAUCAGAUACUAAUGGGACAGCUAGAAUUUCCUCUCCCGUACUGGGAUAAUGUGUCGGAGACAGCCAAGGAGCUGAUCCGAUCAAUGCUGGAGGUGGAGGUGGACCAGAGAUUCUCUGCCCUCCAGAUGCUCGAGCACCCCUGGGUCACCGAUGAAGGCCUGUGUGAGAAUGAUCACCAGUUGUCAGUAGCAGGGAAGAUAAAGAAGCACUUCAACACCAGCCCGAAGGUCAACGACACCACUGCAGGAGUGUCAGUCAUUUCUGCCACCUCUCUUGAUAAGGAGGGGCAGGUUCUCAGACGAGGACGCCACCCGGAUGUGAAGCCGCCGCCCCUGCAGACGACUCUGACGGUGACACCAGUGACAACAUCUACGACAAACGCACCCCGGGCCGAGCCUCCCAGUUGCCUCCCCGGCCUGCCUAUGGCCCCUCCCUCUCUGACCCCUGAGACUUGCUCUGACCCUUCCCCGCACCCCAGCCUCCCGUCCGACUCUGAUGACAUCUCCAUCAGCUCAGCCAGCACCGUCUCCUCCCCCAGCUCGCCCUUCUAGAGAGCAGGUGGAGGAGAAGAUGUGCAGAGGAAGAAGCGAGGAGACAUAAAUCCUCAUCCAUCUCCUCCCUCUGUAUGGAGGAGGAGGAGAAGGAUGAGGAGGACGAGGAGGAGACAUAUUUUAUCUACGGCUGAGGGUGAAUAGGGGAAAACUGUGGAGGAGAAAAAACUUUUAUCGUCCCUGAAUCCAUCUCUCUAAACCUGGAGGAGAGAUGGAUCAAAGGGUGGAGCCCUUUGAGUGAGAAAAACUAAAGAGGCAACAAGAAACAGGGAUCACGAGGAAGAGGGAGAGGGCAGAACGAGGUGAAAGACUUUUCUUUAUUUCCUUUUUUAACGUUCUCUCACCUGAGCACAUGUUGCAGGGCUCAAGGAGCAACGAAGGGCGACAGUGUACUGUUUACCCUUCAGUGAUGAUCCGGGCUCAACAUGGAAACUUCCUUAUGGUGGAGCAGCUCUAUGGCAAUAUGAGAAUAUGGACUAAUGUUCAUGUUUUAUUGAACCUUAUUUAUUCAUUAUUAUUCAUACUCUUCUCAUUUUUUUUGAUUAUGUGUUUUCCCUUUUUCAUUGAGGACAAUUUUUUCUUGACUUGUCCUUUAGAGCUUUGUGGAAUAAUGAAAUAAUGGAAUAGAAGUAGAAGCUCAGAUUGUGAGGUAGGUGUGAGCAUAGCCUUGAUAAACAGUGUAAUGUUUGAAAACGAGAGGAGAAAAACCUUUUUUUUAUUAAUAAAUGUGUUCAAGAAAACAGUGUUCACUGAAAACUACAUCUAAGACAGCACUUGUGCUAUAAUCCUGUGCUAAACACAGUAUUGGCAUUGCCUUCCUGUAAUGUUGGAUUGCAGUUUUACAGUUUACAUUUUACACGGACUGCUAUUAUGACAAUAAUGGUGCAUUGGAUCGCUCCUUGAAAUUUCUUCUUCAUCCAUAGCAUCUUUACACAUAAAAUUCAAGAAUUUGGGUGCUUGUGUAGCAAACUCAACAUUUGAACUAUUUUCCCGUGAUGCACUCAUUUUCACACGAUCAUUGUCCGUUGAUUUCUUGUUAUUUUGUGACGCUUGUGUAUAUGAAGCCUUGUUUACAUUUUUUUUCCCCGACACCGAAGACAUAUUUCAUCCACAUAUUCCAGCAGUGAAGAAAAGUGUAUUUUUUGCAACACUUUUUGUGGCUUUGGAGAAAUGUUUCAGGUAGAGUUUCGGAGGGCGACUGCCUUUUUGCACAAAGUACUGCGGUUUAGGUGCAGUCACACAGGACUGACAGAGUCAAUAUGGAUGCCGGAGAACCAGCAGCACAAUAGAGAAGCAGAUAAAGAGGGUUUUAUUUCAGCUCUGUACAACCUCAUUCAUGGCUUCAUUUAUUCAGAUGGAGGCGUGACAGACAUUCAGUAGCGUAUUCUUAUUAAAAAAAAAAAAGCUGUUUAUUGAUGAGGUAUUGUUUAUAUGUUAUGUAAAUAACAUAAUUGUAUUUAUUUUGAUAGUCCACAACACAGUAUAUUUCUUUACUGGUAGAGAACUCAGUCAUACGUGUGUGUCAGCAAAAGAAAAAAACUUUCAGAGACGAUCAGGUCGAAAUGAAACAAAACAGUAAUGUUGAAAAAGACCUGACGUUGCAGCGCUUACAUUCAUCAACACAGACGAAACGAGACGACCAUUUUUUCUUCUUGUCGGACACUGGGAAUGAUGUCACUUCCUCUGUAAAAACAAAGGGAUUCCCAAUAACUGAUGUGAGAAAAAAAAAAGCAGAGAAGAUGCGAGAUGCAGGGGUUUUGUCUUUUCAGAUUUUUCUCCCUGCUGUUGUUCACAUGUGUCUAGAAGUUUGUGUAUUUGUUCCCAUUGUCACACAUAGACAGUGAUGUGCCGUCAUAUUGACCGAAUCAGUAUGAGUUUGUUGUGCUGUUGGGACGAACUCUCCCCUGCACAUGGGCACACGUGGUUUACCAAAGUGCUCUCACAGCUGCACCACAGUGUUCAAAUCUGUUGCAAUACCAAUACCUGUACCUCUGUUCA